AUGAACGGUACGGCAGCUGCAGGGCAAACACGGGAAGAUUCCGGAACGGCCAUGGAAGCGGUUGAAACGGUAACGCUUAUCAGCGACGAUUCGGAUGUGGAAAUGACGGACAUUUCCGUAAAGCAUCCGAGCAAGUCCGAAUCCGACGAAGGACGACGAACGAGCAGACGGAAAAAGGUAAAAGUAGGAUACGGUGAUAAUGGAGCGAAAACGAACACCAGCGCGCGACCCGGCAGUGCCUGCGAGGGUGGCGAUCCUUCCGGAACCGGUGAUCGUAAGGGCGAAGGAACAAAGCCGGAUCCACCCACUCCGAAAUCGAAAAAGCGAGAAACGGAAGACAAAUCGGCCACCGGACCAGACCCAAACCCGUACCAGGAACUGAUGACGGGAUUGGAAGGGGCCGCCUUUCAGUCAAGACUUCCGGUGGAUAAAAUGACCGCAUCGGAAGCCGUCUGCUUUCCACAUAUCAUCAAACACGGAUUGGUGACGCAGCGCAUGUUUCUGAACGUACGCAACCGCAUCCUGCAGAUGUGGAUCGAGGAACCCAAGGUGCAGCUGACGUUUGAGAAUGCGCUGAAAAAGAUGGAAUCACCGUUCGAUAGUGAUCCGUCGCUAUUACGCAUGGUACACGCGUUUCUCGAACGGCACGGUUUCAUCAAUUUCGGCAUCUUCGAACGGUUAAAACCGCUGCCGUUGAAGAAACACGCCAAGGUGAUCGUAAUCGGGGCUGGAAUUUCGGGCCUGGCCGCCGCACGACAGUUGCAGCAGUUCGGGUUCGAUGUGAUCGUGUUGGAAGCGCGCGAUCGCGUCGGUGGCCGCAUUGCGACCUUCCGCAAGAAUGCCUACACGGCGGAUCUGGGCGCGAUGGUAGUGACCGGAAUCUGGGGCAACCCGCUGACGAUUUUGAGCAAACAAACCGGCAUGGAGAUGUGUCCGAUCAAGAGCACCUGUCCGCUGUACGGUGCCGGCGGAAAACCCGUACCGAAGCACAAGGACGACAUGGUGGAGCGGGAGUUUAACCGGCUGCUCGAGGCCACGAGCUACCUUUCUCAUCAGCUAGAUUUCAACUACGCUGGCAAUCAUCCGGUUUCGCUCGGACAGGCGCUCGAGUGGAUCAUCAAGCUGCAGGAGAAGCACGUGAAGGAGAAACAGGUUCAGCAUCUGUCCGGGAUCAUCGGAUGGCAGCAGAAGUUGCUAGCGAACCAGCACCAGCUGGAGGAAACGCUAGCAAGGAUAAAGGAAUUGAAGAGGAAAUUACAACAGUUGAUCGACACAAAGCCACCGAAACCGCCACCAACGACCAAAGAGGGCGGCAGUGCAACUGGAGGAGCGCCACACGAUGCCUCAGGAGGUGACUCGACCGGUAGUGGGAAGUAUUACGAGCACGAGUUCCAGCUGCGAGUGACGGCGCGCGAAGAGCAACUGGCCUGGAAGGAGGUGGAACGGUUACAAACGUACAAGACCGAACUGGAGACGAAGGUGCGCGAGCUGGAAAACGAACAGGUGUCCGAGGUGUACCUUUCCUCCAAGGAUCGACAGAUCCUGGACUGGCACUUUGCGAACCUGGAGUUUGCGAAUGCGACUCCGCUCAGUAACCUUUCGCUGAAGCACUGGGACCAGGAUGAUGACUUCGAGUUCAUCGGUAGCCAUACGACGGUCAAGAACGGUUACUCCUGUGUGCCGAUGGCCUUAACCGACAACUUGGACGUGCGAGUUAACACAGCCGUCACCUGCAUCCGGUAUCGGCCCGGCGGUGUUGAAGUGACAGCGGAUCUCAAAUCAAACAACUCUACCGUCUGCUAUCGGGCAGAUCUGGUCCUCUGUACGCUCACCCUCGGCAUACUGAAGCUCGCCAUCGCCGAGGAGUCGAAGCAGCUCAACACGGUUCGUUUCGAUCCGCCGCUGCCGGAAUGGAAACAGUCCGCAAUCCAGCGGCUGGGCUUUGGCAACCUCAACAAGGUCGUGCUCUGCUUCGACCGAAUCUUCUGGGAUACGAACACGAACCUGUUCGGGCACGUCGGCAGCACAACGGCCAGCCGUGGCGAGCUGUUCCUGUUCUGGAACAUCUCCCAGUCGCCGGUGCUGCUUGCUCUAGUCGCGGGUCAAUCGGCCGCCAUCAUGGAGAACGUAUCGGAUGACGUGAUCGUGGGCCGUUGCAUCGCCGUCCUGAAGGGGAUCUUCGGCAAUUCGGCCGUCCCGCAACCGAAGGAAACGGUCGUCACGCGGUGGCGGGCUGAUCCUUGGGCACGCGGCUCCUACAGCUUCGUGUCGGUCGGUUCGUCUGGCAGUGAUUACGAUCUGCUUGCCGCACCGGUCACACCGAAGGCACCGGAGGGAGAAACACAGGUGAAACCGGCACCACCCGCUCCACAGCAGCGCCAUGACAAAAACGGUGAAAAGAAUGAGAAUGAGAAUGAGGGAGAUGACGAUAGCAGUCCGAUCGACAUUCCGCGGCUAUUCUUUGCCGGUGAGCAUACGAUCCGUAACUAUCCGGCCACGGUGCACGGUGCACUGCUGAGCGGACUGAGGGAAGCGGGCCGAAUUGCCGACUACUAUCUCGGAUUUCCCAACUGCUACCCGGAAGCACCCAAGGACGAAGCGAAAAAGUGA